AUGGUGUUUUUCAGUUGUGACAAAUGUAGUGAAGCUUUGAAAAAGAAUCAAGUUGAUAAGCAUGGGUUCAAAUGCAGAGAUACAACUUACUCCUGUUUGGAUUGUGGUCAAGCUUUUUCUAUAGGAACCUAUAAGAACCACAUCAAAUGUGUGACAGAGAAUAAGAAAUAUGGUGGAAAAAAUUAUGUUGAAAAAGAAAAUAAAGGUGAAGCAAAACAGAAUCGGUGGAUUGAACAAGUAGAACGAGCGAUAGAAAAAGUAACUGAUAAGGGAUUGAAAGAUCUUCUGCAACAGAUUCAUGGUUUCAACAAUAUACCAAGAAAAGAAGCGAAGUUCAUAAAUUUCUUACAAAAUUCUAUUAGAGUCCGGAACCGAGAUUUAUGUAUUAAGGCAUGGAACUGUAUAAGUGAGCAAGCUGGAAAGAUACAACAAGCGGCUACUGAGAAAGGAGAACUGAGAAGAAAUGGUGAAGGUGGCGAUGAUCUGAAUGAUGAUAAAGGACUUAAUUGUAAACAGGGAGCUUCAAAAAGUAAUGGUGAGAAAGUGGAGGAAGUCGAAACUGAGAAAAGGGAAUUGAAGAAAAAUAGUGUGUAUGAACAUGAUAAUAAUAAUAAUGUCAAGCAGGGGACUUUGAUAACAGAUGAUGUGAAAAAAUUCAAGUGGAAACGCGCAAUUAAACGAGCAUUAAAAGAAGCAGAUAAUGGACAAAUGAAAAUAAAGCGAUUGAAGACUAAAGUUAUCCAAAGUUAUUUAGCAAGUGGUCAAUCUAAUGGAAGUGAUGAAAAUCCUGAAACGAUUUUUAAUGCGAAGUUAUGUUCCUUAGAGUCGACGAAACCGUGGUAUUGCAGUGAUUAUAACGAACCUGCUACUCUUUUUGCCACGUGCAUGCGAUAUUUUGCAUUAAAUGAAGAAGAAUUUAGUACUUUGCCGGAGUUGUUGUUUCAAAAAAUUGAAAGUUUGAAAUAUGAGAUGAGCAUUAUCGGAAAAAUGCAUCAGGAAGAUAUUACAUUUGACCUUUCCUGGAUCGCUGUCGGGAAUGAUGGUAAUUUGGACUGGCGUAAGACAUACGCAAAAUGUUAUCGUGAAAUGCUGCCGGACCAUUUUUUCAUAUUUGCGGCAAUGAAUGGAAUUGCUACCAAGGCAUUAUGGGAACGAUUGUUUUAUUCAGAGCAACACAAAAUAUUGAAUUCGUUUUAUGAACUGAUAAGAAAUACAGCACGUUUGAUGUCUCAUCCUACUGAAUUUUAUGAACUUCGAAAUAAAAGUAUUCUGAGCGCAGCACAAUAUGGUUGGCCAGCUGCAGUAUGUGCUUGGAUUGGUUUACGAAAUAAUACUCUAAAUAAUAUUAAUUAUCAGGAAGAAUUAGUUGGAAAUUUUUUUGAAGGUCCAAUGUACGAUCUAUCAUUUUGUCUUAGACAAACUAUUCUGAUAGCUAUUAUCAAUGGCCAAUUUCAUUUGCUUCAUUAUUUGCCAGCCGUAAAUUUUACUGAUUCUUAUGAUCUAUUUCCAUUUGCAUAUGGUGAAAUGUUCCUUAGGUUUUUUCGGGAAUUAAUUAAUUAUCCAGCAAGUGAAACUCUUUUUAAUGAUAAAUUAAGUGAUUGUCUAAAGCCUAUUGCACGAGUUUUAUAUGCUUCAAUGUCAUUUUUGGAUUUUUAUCGUCUAGGACAAAUGAUAGUUAAUAUUAGAGAUAUUAAAACUUUAAAUCGUAUUAAACGAUUCUUAAAUGAUAUUUGUAACUAA